AGCCCAACUUCUGCUCCUGUGCGCUACAUUUUGGAGCUACAGGUGUGGAGUGUGGACUAUGAAGCCGGAGCUGGGAGGAGGCCGGCCGGACGCGCCUAUAUGUAGGCGAUUGCCUUGGCAGUAGCCAACGACCGACGUACGCGACAGUCGUACACCCCUCCUCUCUUGGGCUCUUCCUUCCUGGCAAUCUGUCGCAGCAAGCAACAAGCUACAGCGUCCAUUAGUUGGCCCGGCAAUGGCUAGGGCUCAGCGCCUUGCUGCGCUGCUGUGCCUCGCGGUCGCGGCCUCCCUGCUGUCCCUGGGCGCACAGGCCACCACCGGCCCCCGCGCGAGGGUCGGCGUGUACGAGCUCAAGCUGGGGGAUUUCUCCGUCAAGGUCACCAACUGGGGUGCCAGAUUAAUGUCCGUCGUCCUUCCCGACUCCAAAGGGAAUUUGGCUGAUGUCGUCCUGGGCAGAGACACCCUCGCUGAAUACUUUAACGACACUUCUUACUUCGGGCCGAUAACCGGGCGCGUGGCACAACGCAUAUCAAGGGGCCGAUUCGUCCUCGACGGCAAAGUCUACCACCUGCAACUAAACGACGGCAACAACACGAUUCACGGUGGUGGCACAGCGUUCAGCAAAAGCGCCUGGACGGUGAAGGAGUACGUCUGCGGCGGCGACUCCCCGUACAUCACCUUGUACUACCACAGCUUCGACGGAGAGCAAGGUUUCCCGGGGAGCCUCGACGCGUACGUGACGUACCGGGUGACGAGCCCGUACACGCUGGGGGUGCACAUGAACGCGACGGCGCGGGACAAGGCGACGCCGGUGAACCUGCUGCUGCACGCGUACUGGAACCUGGGCGGGGAGGGCAGCGGCCGCGACGUCCUGGGCCACACGCUCCGGCUGCACGCGUCGCGGCACGCCGUGCUGGACGCGGAGCUGCUCCCUUCGUCGGGGCGCGUCGCGCCCGUCGCCGGCACGCCGCUGGACUUCCGGGCGCCCACGCCCAUCGGCGCGCGCAUCCGCCAGGUCAUGGGCGGGAAGGUCGUCGGGUACGACGCUAACUACAUCGUCGACGGCGGCGGGGAAGGGACGAUGCGGCCCGUGGCGGAGGUCCGGGACGCCGCGUCCGGCAGGGCGGUGGAGCUGUGGGCGAACCAGCCGACCGUGCAGCUCUACACGGGGAACUGGCUGAACCACACCGAGGGAAAGGGCGGCGGGGUGUACAACCAGUACGCGGGGUUCACGCUGGAGACGAUGGGGUACGUGGACGCCGUGAACCACCCCGAGUUCCCGUCGCAGACACUCAGGCCCGGCCAGGAGUACAAGCACGACAUGGUCUUCAAGUUCUCGUUUUAAAUUUCUCAUAGGUGCAUGAUUAAGUUUGAUGUGUUGUGCACACGCACAAGGGGAAAUCUGUUCGUUAUUGGUGUUUGACGGAGGCGAAUAAGAGGGUUUGACGAGUCGUUGUUUCAUUA